AUGACAACGGUGGGCGCCUAUGCCUAUUCGAUCGAAACGACCGAGGCCAUCAGCCAGGUUUCCACGUACUUUCUACAGCAACGGGUCGACAUGCGCGACCAGCAUGAUUUGGGCAGCUGGCUCACGCGCUUCAAGGAGCUAGACCUACGCCUCACCCACUGGAAGAUGCUACUUCCGCAGAAAUGGAAGGCCGACAUGGCUCGCCAGGACAGCCGCAUGGAUCCCAAUCUGACCCUCGCCCACGUCUCGCACAACACUUCCACCAUCCUGCUGCACCAGCCCAUUGCAUUUCCCGCGCCCAGCUGGGCCUUUGCGGCCCGUCUCCCUAGCGCCAGCAGUGCGGAUACCUGUUCGGCCGCGGCGGUCGAGGUUGCAGCCAUCGCCCGCAACUACCUCAAGACGCUGCCUGCAAGGCUCCCCGUGGCGAACCUGUUGGCAUUUUGUCUGUUCACCGCUGCCCGUGCUCUCCUGAUCCACUGGCAGUAUUACCCAUCAGCAGCCCUUGCACCAGAGUUCCCAUCGCUAGUGGAGUGUUUGGACAAGAUGUCGAGGCUGUGGAGGGGAUAUGACGAGGGCCGCCUCCCCUCGGACCUGGCAGGACGGUAUGCGCAGAAGCUGCGAGACCUACAAUCCCGCUGCGUCCAGGAGGAGCUUUAUUGUAUAGAUCCAUCGGGAUAUACCGCUGAAGUAUCGCAUUUGGAACAGCCACCAGUGCAGAAUUCGGUGCCGGAUAUCUUGCAGAGAGUACACAGUGUGCCGAAUGGCCAGAUUCCGGCCCUUGAGUCCGAGUAUCAGACCGGCACUGGUGAUCUGAAUAUGAUAUCGCAGAUGUUUCUCGAUCCCAAGUUUAUGGACAUGGAUCGUAUCAUCAGCUUCCAUGAUGGCAUGUUCAACGCGGAUGAUUAUGCCGUAUAG